ACAUGGCAUGUCAGGAUGUAUUUCCCCACGGCAAGGCUAGAGAGCCCAGGUAUGAAAAGAGCCAGAUAGCUGAGAUCGAUAGCCACACAAUGUUGCGGUGACAGCGGGGGGGGGGGCUUCCUCGUCCGUAUUGACUGUUGCAGAGGAUUUCUGCAACAAAGCAGCUUAGAGAGGUCGUCUUCAUUAUCAAAUUCGAUUAAUGCACGCUUUUCUCUCACCUUUGAAUGGUGCGGGGGUCACGCUGAUCUGAAAUGGACCCCAUGCUGAGGAGCUCAAUUAUCUCUGUGUGAGUCUGAGCAAAGAAUCGUUUGACUCCACUUUUUCCAUGAUGUAAUGUCGCAAUUGAAUGACUGGUUAUUUAUCUAACCGGUGUGCGUGAACUUGGUCAAUGUCAAUCAAAGUCUGGACCGUGUCAGAGCUCACAGCGCGAUCCUAGCGGCUGACCCGCCGCCUGCUCUCCCACUCCCGUCUAAGGUCAAAGGCCAGCCGGCCUUAUCGAUUCCCCCCCCCCCACGAAGGGGCGCGCUUUAGCUCGCUCCCCGGGCCCAACUGCUCCCGUACCACCUCGAUUGUGUCCCGCACGCCGAUUGAUCCGGUCGCUAUCCGAGGGGACCCUCCAUUCAGAUCACUGACAACUACAAAGGCCCCCUCUUGACAGAUCGUGUCAAUAUAAAUUUCCACUAUUGAUAAGUCAUUAAAGAAAGGCAGGACAUAAGGGGCCUUGCUUUUGAAAACAUCUGUUAAACAGGCGACAUAAAAAAAAAAAAAAGAAAACAAAGGAGUAUGCUCUCUCCUCAUUCCCAUCUGCGCACUAUUAGACAAGCGUAUUCAAUUGAAGGACGCAAAAUUGUACAAUUAAUAUUUAUGAAUGCAUUAUAAAAAUGAUGACCUACAUCAUAAUCCAAUUUUGGAAAUAAUACAUUGUGAUUGACCAAAGUUUUUCUCUUCAUGAAAUAUGCGUCAUCUGUGAUGUCUUCACCUGUCCAGUGAUGUUGACUGGCCUUUUGUCUUUCAUGCUCUGUAAUCCAUGCAUGUGUUAAGCGGAUCUCCGAAGAGGAGGCUCGCCGCUUUUGACUGCUUUUACAUCCUACGGGGGGGCGGGGUAGCAUGGGGGAUCACUGAAAUCCACUAACUACUCAUUUUCUCACCCUUUGGUCUUCAAUGCAAGCUACUUAUGCUCUGCUGAUUAUAUAUGUGUUGCACCAAAUUACUAAAGGAUGCGACAUCGACAUAAAAUAGUGAUUCAAGCCUCUUUGCCAUCUUGACAGGACAUAAAUCGUACUUUGCAUUCAAGUGGCCCAUUAAAGCUUGGGAAAGCAAAUUUUAUGAACUUGAGCUCCAAAACUGAAAGACUAAUUAGCUCUUAUUGUGGCUCCCACUUGCUCAUGUGGGAACUUGCAGCAUCCAGCCCAUUAGGGAAUUGAGAAGACACUCGAUGGCGACGAGGUGAACUCGGCCAAGACCUCUGUGGCCUUCGAUGGCGGAGGGUUAGGGGGGGGGUGGCGGUGGCAACGACCAGUCAGUGCUGGUGGCUCUGGGAUGGGGAGGGUCACACACAAGCUCGCUCUUUGUGUGCUUUUAAUCCCCCCAGCCAACACAGCUUUGGCCAGGUUUCAUCAUGAAAGUGCCAUGAAAUAACUACUUUUUUUUUUUUUUCCCUCUUGCACUAAAUCUCCCCUAAUCCUACGGGCUGCCGAGACAAAGGCCUCUGGGACCUAAUCCCGGAGCUUUUAGUGGGCCUGAAGGGCUGGCCGACAGAGCCUCUUCUAAAUGACUCAUUUCUAUCGGACACUAAUAUAGCUUGACAGCCAGGAAGAGCGAAAGGAGGAAGACAAAAAGGCCAAGUGGGGAGCUAAGAAAAAAAGUCCACAAACAUCUUCACAUAUUUCCAAAGUCGGAGCUGUUGCUGAUGAGAGUGGGUGGGUGAAGUCCAAAAAUUUGUCUUCACGCUCUAGUCAUUUUUUUUUUUUUGUUACUUUUAAAAAUCGACUAAACUUUGCUAGGUAUUUUCUAAACAAUAAAAUAAACUUUAUUUACUAUACCUGCUGUGAAUUCAAGAAAUAAAAACUGUUGAAUAUUUAUAAAUACAAAGAAAACGUGUUGAUUAUACAAAAAAAUCCAGUCUUGAUAUAUAAACAGUUAUUUUACAUUCCUAUAUAUGUCUACAGUACAAUAUAACAUUUCUCUACUACUUCUUACUACUAUUUACACUCCACAAUUUCGUUUUAGUCGUUAGUAUUAUUUAUACUUGCAUUGUUUUUUUCCCUAAUAACACAAACCUGAAAUACACAGCAAAAUCUUUUUUUGCAUAUUGAUACAGAGGUGGUUCGGUUGUAUGUGAUAACUUAUUAGCUGCUUGCAUGUACCGUAAUUUUCGGACUAUAAGUCGCACCGGAGUAUAAAUCGCACCAGCCAUAAAAUGCCCCAAAAAGUGUAAAAAAAGAAAACAUAUAUAUGUAUAUAAGUCGCUCCUGAGUAUAAGUCACCCCCCGACCCAAACUAUGAAAAAAAACGCGAUUUAUAGUCCGAAAAUUACGGUACUUGUUAACAGAAAUAUUUGAAUACCUAAGAAAGUGGCCUGUGGGUGCCUGCCAGACUCACUCUCCAAACAUGCAAGCCUUUAACUUUUCAAAGUUUUCCAACACUUGAAAAUAGCAAAACACCCAUAUUAACCGAUAACCACGACCUUCAUUAUGAUUAUAAAGUGAAACGCCAAUGUUUAGAAUGCAACUCUGAGCUCUCUGGGAACCUUCCUAAUUGAGUUUGCUUUGAAGAAGUUCUCAACAGGUCUGAGUUGGGAUUACCUUCACGCAGUGACAGUUUACCCGAGGAAAUAUGUGUGUGUUAGCAAAACAAACCCCCCUGGGAAGAGAAGAGGGGAUUUUGGCAGGGGCCGUCCGUCAAAGGCAGCACCAUGAUGGGAGAAGGAAAAAAAAGGGCUGACUGAGGAGGAGGAGGAGGAGAAGGCUGCUAUUUUAAUCUGGGCUGCCUCAGAGAUUAGCCCACCACAUUGUUUUAAUUGUUUUAACGCCCGCUUGUAGGGGGAUCCUUGGCAUAAAUCUCCCAAGUUCAAUGGUUUGAAAAACUUGAGCCCGCCGCCACCCCACGCACCCUCCUCCUCAUCCCACCUAAUCCCAGCUAAUACCUUUCUUUCUAUUGGCUAAUGGUUGAAGGGAGCCCGGCUAAAUGCUUGUUAAAUAGCGCAGGCCGACAAUGCUCGCAAGCAGCUGAGACCAACCGGGAGCUCCUGCACUGGGGAUAUACGCUUGGACCGCACCGAGAACUUCUAGAAAGACAGGAUUACCAUCGCAGCAUGUUCCCCUUGCAUGGCGUCAACGCAGCAAUGCUGCUGGAGCUCCACCAGCAGAUGGCGCCACAGUACAGCAGCGUCUACCCCGUGGCCAGCCCCGCGGCGCGCACCCUGUCGGUGGCCGAGAGACUUGCAGAACUUAUACUGGAGGCACGCUAUGGGAACCAGCAGAAGCAGCGCCGCAGCCGCACGGCCUUCACCGUGUCCCAGCUGCGGGCUCUGGAGAAAGCUUUUGAGCAAAGCCAGUACCCUGAUGUCAGCAUGAGAGAGAGGCUGGCGGUUUGCAUCAACUUGCCCGAGGCUCGCAUUCAGGUGUGGUUUAAAAACAGGAGAGCAAAAUAUCGCAAAGGCCAAAGGUGCGUGGACAAAAGUACAGAGGCGGCAUUACACGACAGCAAGCUGGGAGAGGAGGGGGACAGGCAAGACACGGACACAUUACCUUCUGAAAGAAACAGCGCGAUGGGCCGAUGUCUGCCUCCCACUCCCGUGUUGGAUAAAAAAAAUGAUGUUUGCUCCAGGACAGAUUGUCAUCUCAUCUCCAGGUACCCCAUGCGACUUCCCUCCCCUCCACUUUUGUCUUUCAUCCCAGCCCAGAGUUACGGCCAUCAAGCUUGCCAGCCGCUUUUUGGGAUGCUCUCCACAGAGCUUGUUGCCCCUCCGGAGUUCUGGCCGUUUAUACAGCAGCAGCAGCAGAGCUCGGGCCUGGGGGCUCCUCCAUCAACCAUGACGAAAAACUGCAGCCUCUCCUUUCAGACUGCUUGUUCCAAUAAACCUGUGCUAUAUUCGAACAUCGACUUAUGAAUGUCAAUUUGGGUCCAACCUGUGUGCACUCUGGAGGCUGUGUGUGUGUGUGUGCAUGCUAUUGCGUAUUUUCUCUUGACAUUUUUACCAUCCGGUUCGACGCUUGCGUAUGAGAACUAUAUAUUGACAAUGUUUCUAAUUGCACUGCUCUUUAGCUGCAAUAACAAUGGUAACUUAAGACUGCAUACUUUAAUGGAUCACUGCAAU